GCAAAACAGUCGGCGCAGAUCCCUCUUCGCUGUACACAUCGCCACCAGACUUGUGCACAGCUCACUCAACAGAAGUUGCCUAUCCUGGCUUGACUGCCGCGAUUGUACGAAGUGGGGUGGGUCUUAUUCGUUCUUCCUCCCGGCGCCCUUGUUUCUGCAGACCUUUCAGCCCCCGGUCCCGAAUCUAGCACUCGCUGAUCAUUCAUCGCGCGCGACUCUGCUUGCCAGCUCCACGCUCCUAUGUCCUGGGUGAAUCCCCCACAGUAUGCAGCUUGGCCGACGGUACAUACCGCCUCUCACAGUUGGCAAGGCCAGUGGCCACCCACAGCCCCCGCUCCCUAUCCAGGGCCACCCCCAGUUCCUGCCGGUGUCAAUCCUCAGGCCUGGACGUCAGGACAAUGGCAACUCAAUCCAAUGUUUCGCGGCGCCAUGGUUGGGACGCAGGCCGCCUUUCAGGCCUGGGCGCCGCAUCCUAGCUGGGGUGCGCCAAUGGCAAACGCGCAUGGAGGGCCAGGGGCGAACUUCAACCCGUACAAGCGUGUCCCGAACCCCGGCAACGCCGAGUACUGGAAUACGAAGUUGAAGGAGAAUGGGCUUGGGCUUGAGAACAUGCACAUCAGGGAGGAGGCUCCGAAGAAGACGCAAGACAACGGCGUCACGCACACACCUUGGGUAUGGGUCCCGAAAGAGCUCUGUGAGUCUCCCGAGCACAAUGAUUCAUCCACGCUGCCGAAUGGGCAAGGCGGGCCAGAGAAACACGGCUCUUCUCAGUCCAGUCAGAACAGCGCCGUUCGGACACAAUCACAUCCACACGAGCGUUCGUCGACCACCUCCGAUGCUUAUCGGCAGGUACGGCCGCCACAGGAACUAGUCGAUGUGUACAGCAGUUCGUCGGCGACUCGAGACAAGCGGCCAACCGCUGGUCAGUCCCAUCAGCGGCGGGAUUCUGCGCAGCAGCCUGACCCUAGGGUUCGCGCUGAGGCAAACGUUGUGCCUGAUCGGGUCGUCCCGCCGGCUGUGUCUUCAUAUUCUACAUAUUCUCAACAACAACAGCAACCGCAGCAGCAGCAGCAACAGCAGCAUUAUCAGCAGCAGUCCCAGCCGCACCACCGCCAGCCAAGCAGCGAUGUGUCCUCACGAGAACAUCAGCAAGCACGCGACUUACGCACAUCUCCCAAUCGUUCCGUGCCAUCUGCUACAUCGUCGGCUUCGGCGGCCGCGGCCGCGGCAAAUGGAACGAAUGCGAGCAUGAAUUUAGCAGCGCCCGCUCCGCGACCUUCUGCUCUGGAGGCUUUCAGCUCUAAACAGGAUCUUCAGACAACGUUUUCUCCCGGUAUCAUCCGCACACCGAAUCAUUAUUCAUCGGCGUCCACCGGAAGCACGCCUGCACGGCGCUCAACCAGCGAGGGUAUUCAGAGCUCGUCUACGACACCGUCCCGACGCACAAGCACUGAUGAUGCUAAUGGCCUGUCUACAACGCCGUUGAGACGCUCAACUGGCGACGAUGCGUAUAGCUUCUCUUCCACUCCGACCCGCCGCUCAAGCUACGAUGAUGCAGGUCGCACGCCGUCUCGCCCUUCGAUCUCACCUCAAUCCCAUGGGCCCAUCUAUGGACCACCGUCCAACGCACCCAGCCGCUCGAACAGCCUUUCUAAGCGUCAAUCCUCCACGUCAACUAUCCCAUCGACGUCGUCCGAUACCGCUUCUGCCCCUACCCUCCCGUUCCUUGCCAACUUCACUGAAGAGCCGGCUGGCCUGCUCAGCCCUCUCGUGGCCCCGACUCGGACGUCGAACGGCUCUAGCCCGAAGGAGCGCGAGCUUACGCGCCACCAUACGUACCCUUCCUUCCCCGGCUUCGAGACAAUCCCCGAAGACCGCGCCACGCAUCCUCGCACUCCACGGCCGCCUGAUCGCGAUCAAGGCAGAGAUCCAAACGCGACCCCUUAUGCCAGUGCACGUUCACCGCCAAGAUCGUCGCGCGUUUCGCCCGACACAGCACCCCGGCAGAUCUCGCGGAGCCAGACGUAUCCCCUCUUGGACGCCCCUGCGUCAUCACGCGCGUCGACCACCCCGUCGCGGUCACCGAACACUAGUACCCCCUCCCGAUCACCAAACACCAGCACUCCGUCCCGGUCGCCAAACACGACUUCCCGAUCGCGUGGGCCCUCGCCAUCUCGGACCACUCGUGUCAGCCAUAACCCUCUUCCGCAACCCCCAAUGCCGUCAUAUUAUCCAACUGCUUCAGUUUCUGCCUCUGCCUCUGCGUCGUCCUCAUAUCCUACAUCUUCUACUUCUGUGUCAUCAUCGUCUGCCUCGAUGCCUGUCGUACCACCCGUAAGCCACCGCAAGACCCGGACGGGUUUCUGGAAUCGACGCGGAGACCACCUGAUCAUGGAACGCAACGGACAGUUCAUCGUCUACGCGCCACGAAAUCUGGCCAAUCCGCCAGAGCUGGGACAUUAUCCCUCACCGGUAGAGGGAUUCAUGGACCAGUUUGGCAAGAAGGUGAGGUAUGAUCCAACCGUUCCAGAGCUACCAGAUUCGUUACCCUCGCAUGGAGAGCCGCCAACGCGGCCAUACGAACACUUUGUACAAUACGUCUGA